AUGCCCGAGGCCGCAGCAGCAGGAGGAGACGCCGCCGCCGCCACUGAUCCCCAGAAGCGCAUCCGCCGCCUUCGUUCCUUCAACUACGUCCCUCCCUACGUCGAGUCCGUUGCUCCCUCUGCGCGCCCUGCCCACGUUCGCUUCGCCCAAGAGAUCGCACCGGGCGCCUCGGCCGGCGGCAACAAUACCAACAACACCACCACCAACUACUCCAAGCCCGCGACUGGCAGCGGUGGCGGCAGCAGCAACGGCACUGCCGUCAACGCCCAUCAGGCCAAGAGCGAGCCGCCCAAGGACUGCCAGCCGAGCAGCUUCCCCGCCGUCGGUGCGCCUCCCGGCUCUGCCUACGCCGCCUCGACUGCUCUGCCUCAGCAGUGGUACACCUCUGCGGACCCGACCCGUAGCCUGAGCGGCCCGGGACCGUACGUCCAGAACCAGCUGUAUCAUUCUCAAGGUGGCGGCGUCUUCGCCGGGGCUUCAUACUACAACGGCCAGCCCAUCCACGUGCACCAGCAGCAGGUGCCGGGCACUACCACUACCAUGAGCAUCCCCUACGUCGCGGCCACGGGCCCCGUGCCGCCCACCGAGGGCCUCAAUUACCAGCCUCCCGUUCCGGACAAUAGCAACGGCCCCAUGCAGCACGUCUACGUGCCUCGCUACGAUGCCGCUCCUGGCAUGAUGGGCGGUGGCGGUCCGGCGUACGCCGUCCACGUCCAGCCUGGUGCUCAUCCGCAGCAUGUCCCCGGCACGGUCCCCGUUGGCCAGCCCGGCUACGUCGUCUACCAGGGCGUGCCUCACCAACUCGUGGCCCCCUUUCCCGCCGGUCAGCCACAGCUUCCCGGUCAGCCUGUCAUGAUCAAUGGUCAGUCGUACUAUCCCAUCACGGCGGGCCCGGCCGGGCAGCCGAUGCCCACCGUGAUGCAGGCCGCCCCCGCCGUUGCGCCCGCAGCCUUGAUCGCAGGUGCCCCCGUUCCCAACGAGGUUCCAGGCCUGGGCCGCACGCCUCAGGAGGAAGUGCUGCACCAGGUGCAGUUCGCCUACAACAACAAGCUCUUCGAGCCCCAGGACAUGAAGCCCGGCGACGACGACCCCAGCCGCUUCUACUGGGUGCGCGAGAUCGACGGCAACUGGACCCAGCGCAGCCGCUAUUCCAUUGACCAGAUCCCCUGCCGCUGGUACGUGACGGAUGAGGGCUGGUUCUACGCCGUGCGUCUGCCCGACUGAGCGUACGUACGCCGUCCAUAGGCGCCGCCUGGCCUACUCCUGAGAUCUAGUCCCGGACCCGCCCUUCCAGUCAAGGUGCCAUAAGGCACAGUCAAAUAUCGUGCUCAAUGACCAGAAUCUCGCUUUUCAACCGUCGUCUCGGGGCUGCUGACGACAAGCCCCCUCCCCGCCACCGGUACCACAAUGUUCUGUCUACAAAAGAGGAAAGAAGACAGACACAGGACAAAGUGGCCAAAAGCGCCCAUCCCUGCCAAGUCGAAAAGCAGGUUCCGCCGGGCUUCGUUGUAAUGCUGGUGAACGAGCCACGGACGGACGUAUGCUGGACAGAAGCAAUGAGAUAACUGUACAUGAGAGGUCAUACAUUUGGGAGG